UACCACAAAACAAGAGCAAUGGCAGAGUCCGCGGGUUGUGAAAUGAGUACAGAUUCUCAGGAAGAACACGCCGUCAUUACAGAGAAAUCUGAAAUAGGCGAAGGCGAUAGCUUUACUCGAAGUACACUUUCAGGCAGCAAACCGACAUGUGUCAUUGUAUUGGGCAUGGCAGGAUCAGGAAAGACUACAUUUGUGCAGAGAAUUACUGCUCAUUUACAUGCAAGAAAGUUACCUCCGUAUGUCAUCAACUUGGAUCCAGCUGUGCAUGAAGUGCCUUUCCCAACAAAUAUCGAUAUCCGGGACACUGUUAACUAUAAAGAAGUAAUGAAGCAUUAUUCUUUGGGUCCCAAUGGAGGAAUUGUAACGUCUCUGAAUCUUUUUGCCACAAGAUUUGAUCAGGUGAUUGAUUUCAUUGAAAAGAGAUCUGAAGAAGCAAGACAUGUGAUAAUUGACACACCAGGACAGAUUGAGGUUUUCACAUGGUCAGCAUCUGGCAGCAUCAUCACGGAAACUUUAGCUUCUAUGUUCCCGACAGUGAUUGUGUAUGUGAUGGACACAUCAAGAAGUAUUAACCCUGUUACGUUCAUGUCCAACAUGAUGUAUGCUUGCAGCAUCUUGUACAAGACAAAGCUUCCUUUCAUCAUCGCUAUGAACAAGAUUGAUAUUGUUAGUAACAGUUUUGCAGUGGAAUGGAUGACCGACUUCGAAGCAUUCCAAGAUGCCCUGGAACAGGAGACUUCAUACAUUUCUAACCUCACAAGAUCUAUGAGUCUAGUCCUAGAUGAGUUCUAUGAAAAUAUCAAGGCAGUAGGUGUAUCUGCAGUCACUGGAGAGGGGGUCACGGAAUUCUUCCAGAAGGUGGAUGAAGCUACUACAGAGUAUGAAAAUGAAUACAAACCCCAGUAUGAAAAGUUGAAGCUAGAGAAAGAGAAGGAGUUUGAGCAACAGAAGAAAGAUCAGAUGGAAAAGGUUAAGAAAGAUAUUAAGGCAGGAGAUGCAGGGACUUUGAAAGAUGAACUGCUUCAAAUGCAACCCUCGAGAAUGGUGAUCAUGCCAGGUCAAGAGGAGGAGGACUCCGAUGAUGAGUUUGUUGGAACCACAGGACCAGAAAUGGAUGAGGAUGAAUUGAGAGAAGCUGCAUCAUUCAGACAGUUCUUGGAAAACCAGAAAAAGAAAUUGAAAGAAAAAAAUUCCCAACAGUCUGAUAAAACAUCAAAAACGUGACACCGGCCAGUUUCAUUGAAAAACAAUGUUUGUCAUUUGACACUGGGCAGUCCGACUUGAAAUGUUCAAAAGCAGGCUCUACAUGGAAAAAAUGGCCUACAGCUUCUUCGAGGUCCACUGACUUGUGUAUCAUGUUUGUUUUAUAAAGAUGGGGACAGGACAUACCAAGAUAGCAGCCAUGAAAAGACAUCUCCUGGUCUUGUAGAGUGAUUGGAAGGUAGCCAUUCAAGGCACAUGUGACAUUAUGUGGUGUACCACAUGUGGGGAAUGUUAAGUGUUGCAGAUUGUUUAUACAAAAGUCCAUUGUGAUGGGAUAUGUGGUGUUUCACAUAACAGAAAUGUUUAGACAGACACAUGGUGUUUUUAUAAACAGUUCGUCCCAUUUUCACAUGCUAUGUGGUAUUUUACAGAAAUGAACUCACUAAACAACAGUACAGUUUCUUAUAUGACAUUUUUAAAUAUGAAAAGAAUUGUAAUAUUAACUGAUGGUCUGUAAAACAGUGAUCUGCAGCUAUGAACUCACAGCUGUCAACUUUGAAGGCUUCACUGUAAAUAUUACAAUUUAUAUAUUUUUUUAAUAUAAAACCUGAAUCACCA